AUGAGAUUUAAAAAAAUUGCUAAUUAAAUUUUAGUACAGCAAAAAUAGGCAUUCAAAAGCGUACUAUAUAAAUAAUAAACAAUUUACAUUAAACACGGCCACGAGGUGCGGCUUUAUUGUAAUUGCAAUCUUAACUUAAAGUUAAUUAUAAGUUAUGUCACGUGGAGGCUUUCGAGGAAGGGGAGGAUUUGGUGGAAGAGGAGGAGGUGGUGGUAGAGGAAGAGGAUUCGGAGGUGGUGGACGUGGUAGAGGGGGCGGAGGUAGAUUUAACCAAUAUGAUGCUGGUCCUCCAGAAACAGUUAAAGAAUUGGGCUACUUUACACAUACCUGUGAAGAUGACUUAGUCUGCAAAGCAACGCUUACUGAAGUACCUUAUUUUAAUGCCUUUAUAUACCUAGAAAAUAAGCAGCAGAUUGGAAAAAUAGAUGAAAUAUUUGGACCAAUGGCAGAUUAUUAUGUUUCUGUGAAAUUAUCAGAUGAUGUCAAAGCUAGCUCCUUUGUAAAGAAUCAAAAAAUUUAUAUUAAUCCUGAAAAAUUGUUGCCUUUGUCACGUUUUCUUCCAAAACCUCCUGGAACACCUUCAACACCAGGAAGAGGUGGUAGAGGUGGUCGAGGAGGUAGAGGUGGGCGUGGUGGUUUUGGCAGAGGAGGUGGAGGCGGACGUGGAGGGUUUGGCCGUGGUGGUGGCGGAGGAUUUGGAAGAGGAGGAGGACGUGGAGGUUUUGGUGGAAGAGGAGGUGGUGGUGGAUUCAAUCGUGGAGGACGCGGCGGUGGCGGCUUUGGUGGUGAAAAACGAACUUUUAAUGGUGGCGGUGGUGGUACUUUUAGUGCAAAUAAGAGACAAAAAUUUGAAUAAAAUUUUUUAUUCACAAUUAUAAUGUACAGAAAAGUUAAUCAUAUAAUAAAUCAUCACUCAUCAAAA